AACAGCCCUAGUUCUUGAUAACAAUGGAUGUCCUAAGCUUAGUUGAAAUAAUGCAACGGAAUAGCUUACAAAUCUAAUUGAAAAUUGUAUGUUAAUUUGACGGACAUAUCUGACUAUAAAAUCUAUUCCAGGUUGUUUUAAUCUUCAGUUGCUGAUAAUCGAUCCUAUUUGAAUAGGUUGUGAAUUCUAGCAUCAUGACUCCUAAGGAUAUGAAGACGGUGAUAGUGGACAGUGAGACGAGUGACAGAGGAAGAGUUAGUGCGGCAGGAAAGCUUCCCGCGGAUAUAGGAACCGACUACAGCUUCAAAAGGGAUAUAGUAUGGAAGAACGCUUUAGGGUUUUUGGCUCUACACUUAGCCGCGGUGUACGGGUUGUAUCUGUGCUCUUACGCUCACACCGCUACGAUGCUUUGGAUGAUCUUCGUUGCCUUACUUUCCGGAGAAGGAGUCACAGUCGGAGCUCACAGAUUGUACUCGCACAAAUCUUUCAAGGCGAAGUUUUCAUUGAGGCUGGCUUUAAUUCUGCUUCAAACGAUUGCGGGCCAGAACUGUCUCUACAUUUGGGUGCGAGAUCACAGGCAACAUCACAAGUUCAGUGAUACCGACGCAGAUCCACACAAUGCCCACAGAGGAUUCUUCUUUUCUCACGUCGGAUGGCUGAUGAGCAAAAAACAUCCGGCUGUGAUUGAAAAAGGCAAGACCAUAGACAUGUCCGACUUGGAGGCCGACUGGUUGGUGAUGUUUCAAAAGGAAUUUUACAAACCGCUCUACGCCGUUUUUGCGAUAGCCCUACCAGUUGCCAUCCCUGUACAUUUCUGGAACGAAACCUACAUAAACUCCUUCUUCAUCAGUUACAUGCUUAGAAACAUGGUCGUCCUGAAUAUUACCUGGUUGGUUAACAGCGCUGCUCAUUUGUAUGGCACGAAACCUUUUGACAAGUUCAUAAUGCCCACGGAAUCGACCUUCGUGGGGUUCGUGGCCCUCGGCGAAGGUUGGCACAACUACCAUCAUUCCUUCCCCUGGGACUACCGUGCUGCUGAACUGGGUUCCAAGUAUUGCCUGACGACUUACGUGAUCGACUUUUUGUCUUACUUCGGCCUGGCAUACGACCUAAAGUCUGCCCCAUACACCAUGAUAGAAAAGAGAGCGUUAAGAACGGGAGACGGUACGCAUCAGGUGUACGGUUUUAAGAAGAUCAAGAUGGGCGAGAUUGCUGAGGUGGUCAAUGAAGCUAACGACGAGAAGAAGUACGAAGUGGAGGAAAAUAUUAUCGGGAAGGGCAAGAAGAUCUUUCCGGAAGUUAGCCAGAGGGUAAUGGCCGUGCAGGGGUAAAAUAAGUGUAAUUAUUAGUUAAAGGCGCUUUCCUUUCGUGUUGCAUCACAACAUUUUCUCGACUACCAUGUUGUUGCCUCAUUUUUUUACUGAUCACAUUCCUACAGGACAGUUGAGUUAUGUUAGAUUAAUGGAACUUUUUCUAAGUUUAAAGGGGAUUUUUUAAGUAAAAAUAAGCAAAAUAUUUUGAGGUAAUUUUGGUCCAAAUUAAACAUUUCGAAGAUAUAGGCCUUUAAUUUUUCUUUUCAAUUAUGAAAUUUAAAAAGUCAAUUGUAUUUUCUUUUUUUAUUUUUAUAACUAUAUUGCUUUUCUAGUAAUUGAAAAAUUUGAGUUGGAACCUUACAACUACGAAAAAAUUUCAGAGUUUUUAUAAUUUAAUUCAAAAUUAUACAUAUAUAGAAAUUAUGGCUUAACUAUGUCUUUAUAGGUAUUGUUUAAAACCAUUUAAGUUUAUUUAAAUAUAAAGAUGGGCAAAACAUUGUCCUCCUCAAAAGUGUGUGAUAAAAUCGUACUUUCCAAUAUGGUAGUCGACAAAAUAUGAGUAUUUUUGAUACAUUUCUAUUAGAUAUGAAUGUGAUAUUUUAGUUUUUACUAAUAUGUGGGUAUCUUUGAAGUAUUUUAACACACUAUUUUUAAACUAAUUUCCUAGCGAUUACGUUGUAAAAACCAAAGAAAGGGGAAAUUUGGAAUAUUGAAUAAUAUGUUUAGUAUUUCACUAAGGGCUUUAUGAUAGUCAAAUGUUUGGCCAUUUAGAGAUAAAUAAGAAAGAAUCGAUUAAGAAAUAGACAAGCGGUGGUAAAAUUAGAAUAUAUAUAAUAUAUACAUCACAUAUUUGUCAAGCACUAUAAGAAUGUUACAAGCCUGUAACAUCAUGAGGACAAUAUACUAUUUACAUUUUUCUUAGCACAAAAUACUGGAUUAUAUCUGUUCCGAGCAACUAUAAAAGUUGUUACACAAUUUUAAAAGUACAGUUUUUAUGGAAAAUAAGAAACAAAUUUCUACAAACCUACUUUCAAAUACGACUAAAUUUCAGAUAUGGGUACGAGAAUAUAGAUUAUUCGUCAAAUGUAACUUACUUCUGUUUAUUAAACUGGGAAAGUAUCGCCGUAUCGUACGUUAGAAUAAUUCCGAUUUAACGAAAUAAUUUUAAUUAAAACUGUUUUUUUGGACCCAGUAAACUUGUUUCAUUGCUUCUAAUAAUAGAAAAUGCCCUUAGAGCAGUGUAACAACUUUUAAGGACAUCUCGUCUGCAAAUUUACUAAAAGAAUUAUUCUGGGGAUGUAGAGAGAAUAACGAAAAUAUAACAGUGAAGGAAACUGAACACCCUGGCAUUUUCAAAAAGAGUGUGUCUCUAGUCUAUCGAAAAUGCUAUAGAUUCCAAAAAAUGUUUAGCUUAUAAACGAUAGUGUGAUUUUUUUUUUAAACUUAGGUCAUUGUCAAAAGUAUGAUUGAUAUGAUUUUAAUUUAUUUCUAAUUUUUUGUAGAUUUAGUUUGUAAUAGAAUAUUUAUUAUUAAUCUUAUUAAGAUUUAUUUAGAAUGUAAAGAUUUAUAUGAAAUACUAUUUCAAUAAAUUAUAAAAAAUUA